AUGUCAGAAUUUCUCUUUCGUGCCGCCAUGCUUCUAAAAUACAUCGAUCUAUAUGAUACUCGUCCAGUCAAGGCUGUUACUGAUAUACUAGAACAGUCAUCAUCUAAAGCAGCUAAAGAGGAAUCUGACCAAGAAUUUGAAGGAUUGGAAGACCAGGAGAUACCAGAGUCAAACACUCUACAACUAAUGUGUGAUGCAUCAACGCAGUACGAUCUGUCACAUAUUGUGAAUCCAGAAGAACAUUCAUAUUGUUUAACCUCCUCUCCCAUUCCUUUAGCUGAUAGGGCAUUUCAUCCUCCUUCAUUCUUGAUAGCGGCUGACCCAGGGAGUCCUACUGCUUCAUCGGAGGGAGAGGUAUCACGUGACAUUUAUACUGGUUCAGACUACGAUCUUUUCAAUGAUACAGCUGCUGCAGACACAUCAGUAACAUCAGUUCAGUUAGACGAAACAGAAAAAUUACCACCAGAAGAAGAACAAAAAUACAUUGUUUUCAGUAGCUGCCUCCAGACCCUUCUUCGAUUCUGUCCAACCUGCGGAGCAUGCUCCAAUGGUCAUUUCAUUACUUUGAACGCACAGCCAUUAGUCAAGGACAUUCCAACAGGCAACGUAUUAGCAGCCAAUGCAAUCCUUCUCUGUGGUGAAAACUUUGCAAAAUUUUCGCAAUUUGCCGAUGUUUUGAAACUGCAGUUCAUAAGUGAGUCUACCUUCUAUCAAAUCCAAGAUGCAUACCUCGUACCAGUCAUAAAUGACUUUUGGGAAAAACACCAGAAAUCCAUUCUUCAACAGCUCAAAUACACCCCCCUAUGUCUCCUAGGAAACGGGCGCUGUGAUAGUCCUGGCUAUUCUGCCAAAUAUGGCACAUACACUCACACUGAGCAGGAAACUGGACUAAUACUUGACUUCCAACUUGUUCAAGUCAGUGAAGUUGCCAACUCUGUUGUCAUGGAACGCAAAGGAUUUGAACGUUCACUUCAAAAGCUUCAAACUGAAGGCUUGCACAUCAAACAAAUUGCAACUGACAGACAUAUCCAAAUUGCAGCUACCAUGAGAAAGAAAUACCCCAACAUAGACCAUCAAUUUGAUGUUUGGCAUGUGUCUAAAGGAAUUGCAAAAAAGCUGACACAGAAGGGAAAAUCUAAGAGAUGCACUAAACUCCUGCCAUGGAUCCAAUCCAUCUCCAAUCAUCUGUGGUGGUCUUCUCAGUCUUGUGAUGGAGACUCCCAAAUACUUACUGAAAAGUGGACAUAAGUUAUCCACCACAUAGUAAACUUCCACUCUUGGAAAGGUGCUAGCAAGUUUACAACAUGUGAACACGAAGAGCUAAGACAUGAGGAAUGUGACGAAAAAUCCUGGCUGAAGCCUGGCUCCAAUGCUCAUGAGGCCCUAAAAGAGGUUGUGUUAGACAAAAAGUUACUAAAAGACAUAACCAAAGCUCACCAAAUUUUGUCACACAGGCAUGCUAGAAGUGUUUCACUCACUUCUCACAAAGUACUGUCCUAAAAGGCAGCAUUUUGGGUAUAAGGGUAUGAUGACAAGAAUACAGCUGGCUGCUCUGGACCAUAAUUACAGCAUUGAUCGAGAACAAGCAACAAAAAGUGAAGGAAUCAAGAGGUAUAAAGUUGUAUUUCCUAAAGCUACAAAAGCCUGGGUAGCAAAGCCUAUAGCUGAGACAAAAUCGUAUCAAUACCUCCACGAAAUUUCAACGUCUGUGCUGAAGAGAAGAUCAAUGGAGCACAAUCCCAUAAGGCACCACAAAGCUAAAGCUCCACCAGUGGACUUACCCAUAAAUAUAGCUGGGCACGAACAGCCUCCCAAAGAAGAGAUUAUACGUAGAACUAGUACUCGAUUCAAUUAGAAGUAUUAGUCCAGUUUCCAGUUAUUCAGUUAGAAGGUCUUCAGUUGUUUGUGUCAACUACAUAUUCAUUUGUUAGCUAAUACAUCACUGAGAAUCAUUAGUAUCUCUAAACCCAACAUUGUGCCCACUCUUUUCUGGAAACGCUCUGCGUACGGCAGACACCACACACGAUGGUAUGACUAUUCGUACACCUCUCCCCAACAUCUCGUGAGCCCAGUGAGUAAAUUGGCGGUAAGCCGCCAGUCUC